AACUCUUUGGUCAGUCUCAGGCUCAAUGGUGUGCAGUUGUUCAGCACGCAGGAAAAGGAAAAGGAAGACCUAUUUGGUCCCGUUACACUGCGGGAGGCGGCGAGCUGCCUCUGCCCUGCGGGCCCCGCCGCCCAGUCGCUGGAGAGCCGCAGGGCAGUCGCCCGCCCGCGGUCAAGGGGCGGAGGGGAGCGCGCGAAGCAGAGCUCCGGGCGCCUCGGCCUGGUUCUCAACUUCCUAGGCGCUCAGCAAGCGGCGGGCUGCACCCGGAAACGCAGCCGCUCGGCCCGUGCCGCCUCCGGGGCCCAGCGCGCGCCACCCGGAACAGCCCCUCCUCCCGCCAUUUUCGGCAGCCGCCGAGCUGCGGCCGGCGGGUGCGGGGCCUGGGAUGCCGCGAGGGCCUCCGACGAAGCAGGCAGCCAUGGCCGCGGGCGUGGACUGCGGGGACGCGGCGGGCGUCCGGCAGCACGUGUUCCUGCUCCCAGAACAUUUAAAAGAUACUUCAAAGAAGAUGAAAAAUGGGCUCAUGUUUAUAAAACUGGUUAGCCCGUGUUCAGGGGAAGGAGCCAUGUACUUGUUCAAUAUGAGUCUGCAGCAGCUGUUUGAAAUCAAAGUCUUCAAGGAGAAACACCAUUCUUGGUUUAUAAAUGAAUCAGUUCAAUCAGGAGGUCUUCUCCACUUUGCCACACCUGUGGACCCCCUGUUUCUGCUGCUCCACUACCUCAUGAAAACUGAUAAAGAGGGGAAGUUUCAGCCCCUAGAUCAAGUUGUGGUAGAUGACAUGUAUCCAGAUUGUGUCUUGUUGCUGAAGCUUCCUGCACUUGAGAAGCAACUUCGCCACGUGACAGAGGAAAAAGAAAUUGACAACAAGAAAUAUUAUAAGUAUAGCAAAGAGAAGACAUUAAAGUGGCUGGAAAAAAAGGUUAAUCAAACUAAGGCUGCAUUAAAAACCAAUAACGUGAAUGUUGGUAACCGGGUACAAUCAACUGCAUUUUUCUCUGGAGACCAGGUUGCCAGUGACAACGAAGAGGAUUAUCUUCGUUAUGCCCAUGGUCUGGUAUCUGAUUACAUCCCUAAAGAAUUAAGUGAUGACUUAGCUAAAUACUUGAAGCUUCCAGAACCUCCAGCUCCAUUGCCAAACCCUCCAUCAAAGGUUAAAGACCAAGUCUGCCGUAAGGGUGGAGGGGGACAUCCAGACCAAGUGCCAUAUAUCACGGUGUGGGAAGACUUGACCCGGAAGCCCCCGCUUUGGGUUAAACCUUUCCUCGCUCAUGGAGACAUCAAAGACCGUCAGCAGAAAGAGAAGGAGGAAGUUGGUGGGGGUCCCAGGCCUCCCCCGCUUCCCUCCUCAACUCCCCUGAUCCCCGCUCCAGCAGGAACCCCAGUGCAAGGUCCCCCGCCAACCUCCGAUCUCUAUCCCCUAAAGGAACUUCAACCACCGAAAACAACAUGUCCACCCGUCCUUUCGGGUGGACAGGAGGACCUCCUCCUUUUGGAUCCCCCACUGCCAUACAACCAUCCAGCAUUGAGGGAGGUGCCUUCCUCUGCCCCGUCCCCGGACUCAACGGUCCAAGAAUCAAGGGGACCACAACCCACUUCCCUACGAGACCCAUCACCGCCAAAUACUCACCUGCGCCUUCGCCGAGAGCAAAGGGAAGGGGGGGAUUAUUGGGCAUCCCAGGCAUUCCCAUUGCGUUCGGUGUGGGGGGAGUUUCAGUAUUGGCCAUUCUCCGCGUCAGAUCUCUACAACUGGAAAACCCACAACCCCCCAUUUUCUCAGGACCCUCAGGCCCUCACAGGUCUGAUUGAGUCGAUUCUGUUAACCCUCCAACCCACUUGGGAUGACUGUCAGCAGCUCUUACAAGCCCUCCUGACCACGGAAGAGCGGCAGCGGGUUUUCACAGAAGCCCGCAAAAAUGUGCUGGGGGAUGACGGCCGUCCCACUCAGCUACCUAACGAGAUUGAUGAGGUGUUCCCGCUGACUCGACCAAAUUGGGACUUCAAUACGGCAGCGGGUAGGGAGCGACUCCGUCUCUAUCGCCAGGUUCUCCUGACAGGUCUCCGGGGGGCAGGAAGACGCCCCACCAAUUUGGCCAAGGUACGUGCGAUUGUGCAGGGUAGUGAGGAAACUCCGGCAGGAUUUUUAGAAAGGUUAAUGGAAGGAUACAGAAUGUAUACUCCCUUUGACCCACAGGCCCCUGACCGGCAGGCCGACGUAAUCAUGUCUUUCAUUGGACAAUCGGCCCCGGACAUCCGCACAAGAUUACAAAGGUUGGAAGGCCUGCAGGGAUAUACACUCCCCGACUUGGUGAAGGAGGCAGAAAAGAUUUAUAACAAAAGAGAAACUAAAGAAGAAAGGGAAGAAAGAGUACGUAGGGAACAGGAUCAAAGAGAUAGGAAAAGGGAUAAACAAUUAGUAAAGGUCCUGGCCACCAUAGUUGCAGGGUCAAAAACAGGACGAGACAAGGGCAGGCAAGACAGGGACCAGGGAGAAAAACGGAGACCGAGAGUGGAACGAGACCAGUGCGCCUAUUGUAAAGAAAGAGGACAUUGGGCCAGGGACUGUCCGAACAAGGGACGGCCAAGACCCCAGCAGAGAACCGCUCCGGUCCUUUCAUUGGAAGACGACAAAUAGGGCCAGGAGCCUCCCCCUGAGCCCCGGGUAACCCUGAAAGUGGGAGGCCGACCAGUCACCUUUCUGGUCGACACUGGAGCCCAGCAUUCUGUUCUUACCACAGCUGAGGGCCCUCCAGUUCUAAGACAUCAUGGGUCCAGGGGGCCACCGGAGGAAAACUGUACAAAUGGACUACUGAGCAUAAGGUCAACCUGGCAACAGGGCGGGUCACGCAUUCGUUCUUACUAGUGCCGGACUGCCCAUACCCCCUGCUGGGAAGGGAUCUGCUCUCAAAGGUUGGGGCCCAGAUCCCAAGACAGGGGAGCCACAGUAGUCAGCCCCGCAGGCCAACCCCUCCAUGUGUUGACCCUUCGGCUGGAAGACGAACACCGCCUUCAUGAGUGCCCCCUACCAGCUCAGUCCCAAGUAACAUCUGAAUGGCUUACUAAAUUCCCCCAGUCUUGGGCGGAGACGGGAGGAGUAGGGUUGGCUGUCCGACAGCCCCCGGUGAUAGUAAGCCUGAAGCCCACGGCCGCUCCCGUAUCUAUCCGCCAAUACCCUAUGGCUACGGAGGCAAAGGUUGGAAUUCUGCCACACAUACAGAGACUAAUAAAACUGGGCAUAUUAAGACCUUGUCAGUCACCUUGGAAUACCCCUUUGUUACCAAUCAAAAAGCCUGGCUCCAAUGACUACAGGCCAGUGCAAGAUCUACGGGAAGUAAACCGUAGGGCUGAGGACAUUCACCCUACGGUCCCUAACCCGUAUAACCUGCUGAGCACCCUGCCCCCGACCCGAACUUGGUAUACUGUGCUUGACUUGAAAGAUGCCUUCUUUUGCCUAAGACUGAGCCCCCAGAGUCAACCUCUCUUUGCCUUCGAGUGGAAAGACCCGGAGACUGGGUUUUCGGGACAACUAAUGUGGACCAGGCUUCCCCAAGGGUUCAAGAACUCCCCUACACUGUUUGAUGAAGCCCUACACCAGGACUUGGCGGAUUUCCGGGUAAGCCACCCAGAGUUGACUCUCCUACAAUACGUGGAUGACCUGUUGUUAGCUGCAGAGACUGAGCAGGGUUGCACCAAAGGUACGGAGGCCCUACUCCAUAGGCUGGGAGAACUAGGAUACAGGGCUUCUGCGAAGAAGGCCCAACUUUGCACCCAACGCGUGACCUACCUGGGUUACGUAUUGGAGGGGGGUCAGAGGUGGCUGACUGAGGAACGUAAAAAGGCCGUAGCGCUCAUCCCGCCGCCUAAAAAUGCUCGCCACCUCAGGGAGUUCUUGGGCAGCACCAGCUUCUGCCGCCUCUGGAUACCAGGUUUUGCGGAGAUGGCAGCGUCCCUGUACCCCCUUAACCAGGACAAAUUCCCCGUUCAUCUGGGGAAGGGAACAACAAUUAGCAUUUGACAAGAUAAAACGAGCCCUCUUGGAGGCCCCUGCAUUAAGCCUCCCAGACCCCGCUAAGCCCUUUACCCUCUAUGUGGAUGAAAAAGGGGGAAUGGCAAAGGGUGUCUUAACUCAGAAUUUGGGGCCCUGGAAAAGACCUGUGGCGUGCUUUUCAAAGAAACUGGACAGUGUCGCCUCGGGGUGGCCCCCUUGCCUCCGCAUGAUUGCGGCUGUGGCCGUCUUGGUGAAAGACUCGGACAAAUUGACUCUGGGGCAACCACUCACCAUAGUGGCACCCCACGCCAUCGAGGCCGUCAUCCGCCAACCGCCAGACAGAUGGCUCUCGAACGCCAGGAUCACCCACUACCAGGCCAUGUUGCUCAACCCUGAACGGAUCCGGUAUGGGACUGCUGCCUCGCUCAACCCGGCCACCCUGCUUCCUGAGCCGGGGUCUGAAUCACAAGUCAACCACGACUGCCACCAAGUGUUAGCCGAAGUGCACGGGACCCGAGAGGACCUGACCGAUCUACCCCUGCCAAACGCAGUCACCUGGUAUACGGACGGGAGCAGCUUCUUGCACCAAGGCCCGGCUUAGAGCCUUGCAAUUGAUCCAGAGGCAUGUGUGGAAACCGCUGGCGGUGGUGUAUCAGUCCAAGAGCCCUGCAGUACCUCACCCCUUCCAGACAGGGGACUCGGUCUACGUUCGUAGACACCAGACUAAGACCCUUGAACCGCGCUGGAAAGGGCCCUACACCGUACUACUGACAACGCCAACAGCAGUGAAAGUGGACGGAAUCGCGGCUUGGGUUCACGCCUCUCACGUCAAAAAGGCAUCAGAAAAGGAGGAGAGUUCGGCCAAGGACACAAGUGAACCAUCGAGAUGGAAACUCCAGCGCACUCAAAACCCCCUCAAGAUAAGACUUCUAAAAGCUGCCUAAUGUUUGUAAUCAUUAACCCGUUGCUUGUAUUGCUUAUGAUUCACCCUAGUCUCACCCUAUCCAGCUCGUCCCUCCCUAACCCCCAUGGGCCGCAAAAGCUCACUUGGGAAGUGGUCUCCCCUUCGGGUAGUGUGGCCUGGUCAACCAGCGACACUCGAGUACCAGGAACGUGGUGGCCUUCUCUCCACCCAGACGUAUGCCAAAUAGUCCUGGGGCUAGAUACCUGGGAUCUACCCAAUCAGGACGCCGUCCCCCACCCCUCCACAGUUCCGGAGCCCUUCCUUUAUCCCCCAGGAAGCACCACCACCAUGGGGGCGGGAUGUAGAUAUCGAGUUCGGAGAUGCCGACUACGUCAACUUGAAUUCUAUGUGUGCCCCAAGGAUGGUAGAAGACAGGAUCAGAUCUUCCGGUGCGGAGGGCCGGAGUCCCUAUAUUGUAAGGCUUGGGGGUGCGAAACUACGGGGGUGGCACACUGGGGGCCUUCCUCUGUUUGGGAUUGGAUUACUGUACAGCAUAACUUCACUCCUGAGGACCCAGGUCAGUGUUCACUCCUCCUCCCAGGGAGUUGGGGGUCCACUUCCCCAUGUGCAAGCUCCCCUACGUGCAAUCCCCUUAAUAUUACCUUUACCACCUCAGGAAAGCAAUACGCAACACUGUCCAGUUGGAUAAAAGGGAGAAUCUGGGGUUUGCGCUAUUAUGUUUCUGGUACAGAUUUUGGGUUUUGGUUCAAAAUUAGACUAAGAAUCACCUCUCCCGACCCGCUACCGGUAGGGCCCAACAGGGCUCUGGCCCCUGCCUACCGACCUCCCCGGCCUGAGAUGACCAAGCAGCUGACUUCUAAGGGAACAGGUUCACCGGCGCCGACCUCUAUGAGGACAGGCUCACCGGUUCCCCUCGCAAGCCUACCUGCAGGGGAGAGAGCGAUGUUGCUAAUACGAGGCGCCUUUUCGGCAUUGAAUCUGUCUCACCCUAACCUGACCAACCCCUGCUGGUUAUGCUUGUCCGCAAGCCCGCCCUACUAUGAGGGAGUAGCUGUCGUUGGAACCUUCAAUACCUCCUUGUCCCACCGGCAGUGCCCUGCCGUUAAACCCCUGAUAACUUUGGCCGAGGUCUCAGGGAGGAGAUCCUGUGUCGGGGACCCACCCUCGGCCUACCGGUGCCUCUGCAACACCACUGCCAACUCCUCCCUGGUGGACCAGAACUUGUACCUGGUGCCACCCCCCCCGGAACCUGGUGGGCAUGCUCUCGCGGCCUCGCUCCCUGUGUGUCCACCACUGUUCUCAACGGGACGGGGGAUUUCUGUGUCCUGGUGGCACUCGUCCCGAAGGUAAUUUACCACCCAGAAAACACACUCGAGGAGCGGUACGACAGCACUAUAACCAGGUUCCGUAGGGAACCGGCCUCCGUGGCCCUAGCAGUGCUACUGAGCUUUGGGGUAGCGGCCACUGGGCUGGGCACAGGGACGGCCGCCUUAACCCAAGGAAACAGCAGACUAGCGAUCCUUCAACAGGCGGUGGACGCGGACAUCAUGGAGAUAGAACAGAACCUCCAACGACUACAAGAGUCCCUCACCUCCCUCUCAGAGGUAGUAAUCCAAAAUCGCAGGGGCUUGGACCUGUUGUUUCUAAAAGAAGGAGGGUUAUGUGCUGCUCUCAAAGAAGAAUGCUGCUUCUAUAUAGACCACUCCGGGUAGUAAAAGAUUCUUUAGCCAAACUAAGAGAGCGGCUGGAAAAGAGACGACGAGAAAGGGAACAGACUGGUUUGAGGGAUGGUAUAACAGGUCUCCCUGGUUGUCAACCUUGCUCUCCACCAUAGUGGGCCCCCUUAUUAUCUUAAUCCUAAUUCUGACCUUCGGGCCAUGCAUUAUAAACCGAUUACUCUAGUUUGUUAGGGACAGGCUGUCCACCGUGCAGGCAUUAGUCCUCACGCAGCAGUACCAAGCCCUGGCCACCAGUGACCGUAUUGAAACCCCUCACCAACAGCUUUAACAGUAACAGGUACACAAUUUUAGGAUUAAAAUUAGCUCAAGGAGAAAACGGGGGAAUGAAGGGAUAAAAGUGGCCUUGAUAAAAUAGAAAAACAGGAACUGAGACAAACAGUUCCAGAAACAGUCAUGGGAAAUGGGGGAGUAAACUGGUUCACAGAGAAAGCAGUUAGAUACUACUCAGAGAUACGGGCGACAGAACAUCCUGUUAUGUACAUAAGCCCCCUCCCCUGUGCUUGCUCAAGCUUAACAAAGAAACCGCAAGGACAUCAGGCACGUAGCCACCCAUUUCUCUUCCUCAACGACCCCCCCCCCACAUACCUUUUCGACCUAGUACUUUUCCACUGACAAUACUUCCCUACCCGCUCCCAAACUGCCAUAUUAGGUCAAUUGCUGAGAAUUAUCCAAUGAGCUAUUUACACCAAGUAGAAUGUUAAUCUAUGAUAAUUGUGUGGCUUUUCGCUUUAAAUACUGCGUGUAAUCGGGGCUCGGGGCUCCUCUCUUUCUCACUGCUUGUGGCAGCAGAGGGCCCAUUUGCGCAAAUGAAAUAAAACUGCCUCUUGCUUUUUGCAUCGCCUGGUCUGGAGUCUGUUUCUGGGGUCGUCACAAAAGGGCACCACUUUUGGGGUCCUUCACUAAAUCCAUCUCGCAUGGAGUGAUGCUGUGUGGAAUAUAGAUUAUACUGGGCUCUCCAUCCCUAGUUUUUUUUUUUUUUUUUCCCCCUGUGGAAUUUUACCUGAAUGGUAAAUAAAGUGCUGUGAAAACCAAGUUGGUUUUAGCAAGACACCUCUAUGAAAAUGUUGCAGAUACAUGGUUAAAAUGAAAUCAUCUAUAGUUAGCUGGAUCAAUCAACUUUAUUAAUUUCUAGAAAUACUCUGUGUGUAACUAAAACUCAUUUUGCCAAAUCUAGCUGCCACUGGGACAAGGAUGCAAGGAACAAGAUUUUUGUGACACAGAGUCCUUUGAGCAAGGAUGACCUUUUUUUUUCCCUGAAUUUGAAAUGAUAUCAGAAUUUGUCUUAUUAGUUUAUAUAUUUAUUAUUUUAUGUAUUUGAGAGGCAGAGAGACAGACACACAGACAGAGAGAGAGAGAGAGAUCAAGCUCCCAUUUGCUGGUUCAUUCCCCAAGUGCCUGAAAUGGCUGUGGUUAGACUGGAUCAGUGCCUUCUCCAGGUCUCCCACGUAGGCGGCAGGAACCCAGUUACGUGAGUCAUCACCGAAGCCAUAGGAAGCUGGAGUCAGGAGCUAGAGCCAGAGACUGAACUCAGAUACUGUGAUACGGGACACACGUGUCCUAACCACUAGGCUAACCACCUGCCCCAGUGAUGAACAAAUUAAUCUGUAACUUUUAUCUGUUAGGGGAAAUCCCAUGUCUCCCCCAGAGACUCUCAGACUGCUACCCACCGUUCCUCUGCAGCUCGUGUUUGUCUCCCAGACCUGGGGAGCAGAGAAGCCACUCAUACCCACACUUGGCUGCAGACUGUGGCGUCCCUCAGGCCAGCCCACAUCAGAUGGACAGGGACACACACAGAUGGACAGCUCCCAGCUUAUCAGGGAGAGGCCCUGAGCACCUGCCACAUUCGAGGAUAUUAAACAGUUUUGCAGCCCCUCCAUUCAUUCCUUGGCCUUCAAGGUGGCCAGCAGGUUCAGGAUUUUUCAUCUCAUGUCCUAUUUGGAGGUCGGGGUGGCUCCAGAAUGUCCAUGACUUUGCUUUUCAGAAAGGACUGAAGAUGAAAAGGGCAUCAUUGUUAGUGGUGGAGGAAGGGACACGUUCAGUGUUUACUGCCCUGAGGAACAGCUCUGAGCUCCUGAGUCAGUUGCUAUGAGAUCCAAGAAAGGCCAUUCCAGGCCAGACGCACGCUUCUUCCUAUCCAGCAGUUAAUCACGGCUAGUACUUCCAGGGGACAGAGAGAGGCAGAGUAGUCUUGCUGUACCUAAGAGGGUAGGCACUGUGGAAUGGCUUUUCUUACUUCUCUCUCUCUGCAAAUUAAGCACAUUUCUUUCUCCCGUACAUCGGUCUUCCUUGGUAGCUUGCAGAUCAUUCACAAAUUGGUCUAAAGCUCUUCUUGAAGGCUUCAUAAAGCCUUGGGUACCUUCUGGAGUGAUGCACUUCUAAGCUUAUUAUCUACCCCAGUUUUCUCAUUUUAUUUCCAGAAUGUAAGUCAUGUGUGAUUUUGUCACUGAUGAUUUAGCUCAAGGGUCAGCAAACUUUUUCGACAAAGCCCAGGUAGUAAAUAUUUGAAACUUCCUGAAGCCAGCAGACACUCAGCUCUGCUGUGUGCAGAAGCAGCCACAGGCGAUACAUACAGGAGUCAGCGUAGCCAGGCUCCAGCAAAACUUCACUUAUAAAGACAAGCAGCCAGCUGGAUUUGACCCGUGAGCCGCAGUUGCCAAGCUCAGAUUUAGAUCUGAGCCAGGUCCUCCUGAGUCUCGGCCUCAUCUGCUGCCUUGUUUUCCCCACUCCUUGACAGUCAUCCCCUGGGGUGUGUCUUCCUGGGGUUCUGGUGUGUCCAUUACCGGGUGUACUGUAUCAUGUACUGCAGUUUCAACAAGCAUAGGGCAUGUCUUCUGCACGCUCUCCUGGGUGUGCCCAGGAUUUGAUGGAUUUUUGCAGUUGUGCGCUUGUUGUGUUAAAGAAAUCAAAUACAUCCCUGCAGCCGUUAAGUCCCUCUGUAGCUGGAUUGUGGCUGAUAGCAUGGAGCCUGUCAUCCCUACCGUGUAUUGCAUUUUUUUAAACUACUAUCAUGUGUCUGUCUUUGUUGAAGCUCAGUUUUCAACCCUCAUCCCUUGCGUCUUUCGUAUUUGGCACGGUCAGCCAGCAGAGCUAAGCACAACCAGGGGACUGGAGGUGUUCCCAAGUUCCUGCUUGCAGGUCAUUUAUAACAAGAAGAGCAGGCCCAGCGUUAAUCCCUGUGGUGCGCUGCUGUCUCUUCUCCUCCUUCCAGAACAGGACCCGUGCACUCAGAACCACCGGCACUGUCUUUCUGAACCACUUAUCUUUCUCUGCAGAAACAUUCCCCACACCCAUAGGAUGUGGUCUUUUAAACAAACGCACGUUUCAGUCAGUGCUCCAGUCCUGAUAUUUGUGAGUGCGUUCAACAGUGUGCUGGGAAUGCGUAAAAACAAGUUAGGUGCGGAAUCCACCACAGCCGUUGUCUUUUGUUUUCUAUGAGCACUUAUAACUGAUGUCUGGUUUGGUUGUGAGCGAUUAAGACACCUGAACAAGUCAGUCCUCUUAGCAGAUGUUCUGUAUUCAUUUGCGAGUACCUUUCAUCUUUUUUUUUUUUUUUUUUAUGUUUUGUUUACUUGUUUGAAAGGCAGAGAGACAGAGAGAGAUAGACAGAGGCAGAUCUCCCAUCUACUGAUUGAUUCCCCAGAUGCCUGCUGAGCCAUCAGGGCUAAGCCAGGCCAAAGCCAGAAACCCAGAAUUCCAUCCAGCUCUCUCAUGUGGCUGGCAGGGACCCAGGUACUUGCACCAUCAACUGCUGCCUCCAGGGUGUGCAUUAGCAAGAAGCUGGAUCAGAAGCAGAGCAGGGAUGCAAACCCAGGAACUCGGACAUGGGAUGUGGGCUAAGAGUUCUACUCUCCUGGAUGAAAAUACCUUUCUAAUAAAAAUGCACAUCCCCAUACACUCUUUGCUGUCUUAGUGGAAAUAAGUAAGUUAAGAAAGUUGUAUGUAUACAUACACUUUAUGCUGGUAGGGAGUUUGUGUUUGAUGAACUAGUCUUUUUUCUUUUGACAAUUCGUGUCCUGGGUGUUGCUAUCUGGCCAUAAGGAUGUUUUCCCACAUUAUGUGAUAUAUGCCCAGGAUGCCUCUCUGUUUUCUGGAGCAAAGAAGUUCAAGACAUGUAUUUUUAUCCCCUUGUGCUAUGUGGGUGGCGGCCUCUCACCAACUCCACUGGGUCUUUGUGUAGCAGAAGGGAGGGCAUGAUAAGUGAAGCUGGGAAUGAAAAUGUGUUUCCCAGGUUUGGGUCUUGCCAACCCAUCAUUUCCACAAAGACCUUGAAGAUCUAUAAAAUACUGCUUGUGCUCACUGUACAGCCAGUUCUUUGUUUUAACCAGCAAGACCUAGUGGCCCGGAUGUUGUACUUAUUACUGAUUAGGUAUGGCAUGAUAAUUCUGUAUUAUUUAAUUAAGAGUAGAACUACAGACAGUGAGAAGGAGAGACAGAGAGAAAGGUCUUCAUCCACUGGCUCACUCUCCAAAUGGCCACAACAGCCGGAGCUGAGCAGAUCUGAAGCCAAGAGCCAGGACCUUACUCUGGGUCUCCCAUGCAGGUGCAGGGGCCCAAGCACCUGGGCUAUCUUCCACUACUCUCCCAGGCCAUAGCAGAGAGCUGGAUUAAAAGAGGAGCAGCUGGGACUAGAACCGGUACCCAUAUGGAAUUCCAGCACUGCAAGUGGAGGAUUAACCCACUGUGCCACAGCGCCAGCCCCACAGUUAGCUCUUGACAAGAUUCUCACAUUCAUUGGUUCAGAGUGCUCAGAGGAAAGGUGAAAGUAUGCCAUGAUGGUUUGACGUAGCUGCAUUGGGCCCACCAGAAAGAGAGCUUGUAUAAAAAUAACAGUCACACCCCACAGCCUCUCUGGUGACUAAGCUAUGCUCUGUGCCUCCCUCUCCUGACUGCUCACUGUGCAAGGUUACUCUCUUGUGGGUGAAAUAAAAUCAUGAAUUAAAAGGAGGUAAGAACAUGAAGCUAUACAAAGAUGGCAAUGAUAGAAUAAUGCUGUCCAUCUCUUCAUAAGUGGAUGUAAACCAGCUUAGGAGAUAAAUGAAGCUAGGGGUUCCAGCUGAACACCUGCCCCACCUUAGAGGGAAUUCUUUGGCUUCAGUGGUCUUGUAUUUACCCGUGGAUUGGCCUUGAAGUCAGCAGUCACCUGGAUGCUUGCCAUCCUUGAUAGAAAACCUGUGGUUCUGCGAGUGUCGCUGGAUGAGCUGAGGGGCCGGGUCGUGUGCCAGCCCAGCCACAGCCCACCAUGGAGGCUGCUUCUCAGAAGUGCCAUGUGGCUUCCUUCCCCACACAACCUGUGAAGCAUAAAAGUACACUGGCAGAAAGUCAUCCCAGUGCAGAUCUGCGCUUCACGCAGCCUCUGUGUGGGGCUAAAUUACACAUUUUUUGUGAAUGCAUUGAUGUGUCAUGGUAACAUUUGACAGCACUUCACUGCUCUAACAUUGCAGAAAAUAAAGUUAUCAGAUGAGCCUGUAGAAGCAAAAGAAGAUUACACUAAGUUUAACACUAAAGAUCCGAAGACUGAAAAG